AGGUGAUGUUAGUCUCAAUUUUCAAUUGUAGAUUUUUUAUCUGACAGCUGAGCAUAAACGUCUUGUUAGUCUGAUAGAUUCGAUCAUUUUGGAGCCAGGAUAGACACAGCCCGUUAGACAUAGAUUUUUUAUUUAACGGCUGAGAAUGCAUAACACGUCCUGUUAAUCUGACAGAUUCGUUCAUUUUGAAGCCAGAAUAGACACAGCCCCAUUAGACCAUCCACCCUCUUUGUGAAUAGACUGGAAAUUUCUCCAUUCAAUAAAUUGCUUACUGCCACCCAAUUCUCUGACCUGACCGAUCACAGGGUUGAGCAGUAAUUUUUUCAUUUCAGUAUAGCUUUAAAGCCAUUUUUUUCUACACCAGCUCCAUUGUGGCCUCUUUAUCUACAUCAUCUCAGCAAAGGGAUCAUAAUGGGAAUUGUAGGGGGAAGUGCUAAGCUGAACAUGAUGGGAAUCGUAGGGGGAAGUGCUAAGCUCAAUACAGGAGCCCGGAUUCCAUUACUGGGGCUGGGAACUUCAUCAGUCAAUAAGAACGAGGAGGAUAUUAAAGCAGCCGUGAAUGUUGCUCUUCAGGUUGGUUAAUAGACAUUUUGACACAGCAAGGAUUUACAGUUCAGAGCAUGCACUAGGGAAAGCUCUGAAUUCAGCUUUUCAGAGUGAGCUCGUCAGCAGAGAAGAUGUUUUUGUCACCACUAAACUGAAGAAUACAGAACACGACGACCCUGUUGCUGCAAUCGAGGAUAGUUUAACGAAUAUGCAACUAGGUUAUGUGGAUCUAUUCCUUAUCCACUGGCCUAUCAAGCUGAGAACAGACGAGACACUAACCCCGAUCAAAGAAGAAGACUUUUUGCCAUUAGACAUAAAGUCCACUUGGCAGGGAAUGGAGCAGUGCAUGGAGAUGGGGCGUACCAAAGCCAUUGGGCUUAGUAACUUUUCCUCUAAGAAAAUCGAAGGCUUGCUGAAAUAUGCUAAGAUUCCCCCUGCUGUUGAUCAGGUGGAAAUGCAUCCACAAUGGCAGCAAAAGAAGUUGAGAGAUUAUUGCAACAAGCAUAACAUUCAUGUCAGUGCGUGGGCUCCUCUACGAGGACAUAAUAAGUCGUGGGGUUCUAACGAAGUGAUGGAUAAUCCCGUGAUGCAAGAAAUUGCCCAAAAGCAUGGAAAGACUAGAGCUCAGGUUAUGUUAAGGUGGGCGUUAGAGAAAGGAGUGAGUGAGUUGCCUAAGAGCUACAACACAGGCAGAAUAUCUCAAAAUUUUCAAAUCUUUGAUUGGUCGCUGACUCCCGAUGAUCAUGACAAGAUUUGCAAGUUUGAACAGCGAAAGUUACUGCCGGCAGAGAAUUUUGUCAAUAGUACAACCAGCCCCUACAAGACUCUCGAAGAAUUAUGGGAUGGGGAGAUUUAACACAGGCAUGCCACCACAGAUAAUUGGCUCUUAGAAGCAGAUAUUUUAUGGAAUUUUUUACUUAAUCACCAUUGAAUGUUACUGUUAGCUUUUGGAAAUUAGUAAUGAAAGUAUUACCUUGAUUGGGUACAUUAAAGUUUUCAAUGUAUCCAAAUGUUUAGAAGAGUAGCUCAGAAUGAUGGAAUCUCUGUGUUUGGUGUUCAAGAGCAGUCGUUCACAAGAUGAUGUAACAAAUUGUCGCAAGGUCACAUGGUGUU